UCUUGCGUCGGCGCUACGAGCGGCGGUGCGGUAUGUUGUUGAUCUGUUGAUCGCGGUCGUUCGCAGCAAGUCUUUGGCUGCUUUGGCGCUUUGCAGCAGUUACUCGAGUCGAGGCUGUUGUGUUUGAGUGUCAUAGGUCUAAUUUUACAAAUCACAGCUGCUUGCAAGUUCAGACAAGCUAUUAUUUUUUUCCCACAAAUUGGCGCUCUAUCCUCGACAAAAAUGUCGCAUGUAUCAUUCUUGGAACAGCUGAAGUCCCUCUAUGAUAAUAAACUUUACAGCAAUGCGACUGCUUUGUUUAUCUUGGGACACUCUGUGAGCAUGCAUUGCCCGGACUUCAUGACCACUGCGGCGAAGUUUCAAAGCUACGUCUACUGCGGAGACUCUUAUUUCCAUUUGGGCGACUUUACGAAGGCAGAGGUAAUGUAUCAGAAAGCGAUCCAGCUAAAGAAGUCUGCCACCAAGACGAAAGGGAAGCCACACGGACCUGUAAUAUCUGGGGAUGUAGCAUCAGAAAAUGAUAUCAAGUUUCAAAUUUAUGAAUGCCACGCUCACCUGAAGCAGCACACACAAGCCGUCUCUGCACUCGAGAGCAUUCCGUGCAAACAGAGGAAUGCCAGAGUGAACAUGGCACUCGCCAAGAUGUAUCACCAGAAUGGAAAUGAACGUUCAGCUGUCACCUGUUAUAAAGAGGUGCUCAAGGAAUGCCCUCUCGCGGUGGAGGCUGCCAAAGGGCUCUUGGAGCUGGGUGUCAAGGGAGCGGAGGUCGCUUCGCUCAUGUUUCAUGCCGGGUCCCCUCUGCCUCCAAAUAUGGAAUGGAUGAGCCAGUGGAUAAAAGCAAAUGCAUACCUUCACUCACGAGAGCUUUCCUCAUGCAUCUCUGUGCUGAAACAGCUGGAAUCUAAGCCUUUCUUGUCCGACAACACUGACAUUCUGGUGUCACUGGCAGAGGCGUACUAUUACUCCGGAGACUUUACUAAUGCAACCGCAGCACUAGAACGGGCACACAACCUUGACCCAUACCUUGUGGCUGGCAUGGACAUUUAUGCCGCACUUCUUGCAAAGGAAAAGAAAGUAAAGGAACUGGAAAGCCUUUCUACCCACCUCAUUUCUAUAAACAACAAGGUGCCGGAACCCUGGAUAGCAAUGGCCUACUUUUCAUAUGUCACCAAGAAAGGAACCAGGGCCAUCUACUUCUCACAAAAGGCAUGUCUGAUUGACCCUCGACAUGUAGAGGCACUUUUGUUGAAAGGUUCCAUACUGCUGGAGUUAAAGAAGGUUCAGGAAGCUAUUACACACUUUGGAGAGGCCUACAAAAUAGCUCCAUUCAGGCAUGAAGCCCACAAAGGGCUUGUGGACUGUUACUUGGCACAACGCCGCAACAGCGAAGCGUUGGCCAUCGCAAGCAAUUGCUGCAAGCAGCUUGGCCAAACGCCCAGGUCACUAACUCUCUACUCUAGCGUGCUCAUGAAAAACCCGGUGAGCUUAGAAAAGGCAAAGACAUAUCUGGAGAAAGCACUGAAACAGGAACCUUCCCACUUGCCUGCCGUAUACCUCCUUGCAGAAAUUUAUCAACAAGAACGGGCCUACGCUAAGGGCAUAGCAUUGCUAAGAAAACAGUUGGAGACACAGAGCACAUGCCGCCUUCACCAGAUGUUAGGCGACUUCUUGGCACGUACCAACGAACACGACAAAGCGCUGCAACAUUUUGGCAUAGCUCUCAACUUAGACCCAACAAAUAUCGGAGCUCGAAGAGGGACACAGAGGGUUGAACAUCGGCCAGAGGAUAUGGAUAUUGAGGAGGCAGCAGAAUCUGACCUUGACAAUGAACUUGAAGAAAGUGAAGUAGAAGCUGUAUGGUCUGACGCCGAGUACUCGUAGCGUCACUAACUCCAAUACGGGGCGACAACAGCAUUCCUGUGUAUGACCAUAAUACACUUCAUAAUGCCUUGCAGAUGUUUCUACACCAGACAUAUUGUACUUACGAUCAUAAUCAUGUCAUUUCUUAUGAUUAAAUGUGAUCAUAUGU